AUGCCCACCGGCGAGGAACUGGCCCUUUUGCGCCGGGUCCCCACCCACAUCCCGCUCAAACUCUUCACAAUCGCCCCUGUCGAGCUCUGUGAGCGCUUCUCGUACCAUGGCUCCACGGUCGUGUCUGGGGGAGCAGCGGCUGUCUACGCGGACGCCCAGGAGCGGCGAGCGCGUCAUCGCCGACCCGGCCGUGACGACGGAGCGCAUCCACAACCGGUUCUACUUCUUCAUCGACGUUGGCGCGCUCCUGUGCCAGCUGACCGUGGUGCACGCCGAGAACUACGUCGGCUUCUGGCUGUCGUCGACGCUGCCGACGGUGAUGCUGGGCCUCUGCCCGGUCGUCAUGUGGUGGGGCCGCCGGCGCUACCUCCGCCGCGAGCCGGCCGGGUCGGGUCGGUGCUCGUCCCGGCCCCGCGCACCUUCCUCCUCGCCCACCGCGGCCGCUGGUCUGCCAACCCCGUGCGCACCCUCCUCGUCUCUCCCCCUCUCCCUCUGCCUCCCCGCUACCCUCGUCCCGCCCAGACCGGCUCCUACGUGCUCGUCGCCCUCGCCGAGGUCUUCGCCUCCAUCACGUCCCUCGGGUACGCCUACUCCAGGGCGCCGCGCAACAUGCGCUCCAUGGUGCAGGCCGUCGCCCUCUUCAUGACCGCCUUCGCCGCCGCCAUCGGCCAGGCCCUCGUCGGCCUCGCCUCCGACCCCCUGCUCGUCUGGGACUACGCCGUCGUCGCCAUCCUCGCCUUUGUCGCCGGCGCCUGCUUCUUCCUCCAGUUCCGCGGCCUCGACGUCUGCGAGGACAAGCUCAACGACUUGCCCGAGGGGCAGAUGGCCCGGGGCGAGCGAUCCAAGCACCGCGAUGGCACGACGAGACGUGGCGUUCCUCGCUGGCCGUUUGACAAACACUCAUCCCGGGCCGCGGAACCCCCUCUGCCCCAACCCCGGCGCUUCGUGGCAGCUACCUACGUACGCAAGCCAACCACAACCUCGUGUUUUAUUCCUCCCGUAUGCAACAUCCGCCAGGGACACUAG